AUGGGAACAUUUCAGUCUUCAGAUACCAUGUUAGAGAUCAAGAUGAGAAAGCUUAGAAGACGUGUAUUUUAUCAGCAAAGUGAUCUACCUUGUAAUCAGAACAUCUCUUUGAGAACAAUGGACUAUGCUGGAGAAAAAUCUGUAAGAUUUCAGGAUGAUCUUGAAACUGUAGAGCUUGCACCACCUAAGACUUGCAAUACUGUAAAAUUUACCUUUGAAACAGAAACAAAGAUGCCAUGUAUUCAAAAGUUUGCGACAAGAGCAACAGCUAGGAAGCCACUUCAGAAGAAAAAGCUCUUAAGAGUAUUCUCUGAGGACUAUGAGGCAGUGCAGAGGAAGAUAUUAGAUCCUCGAGGAUCAUUCGUAACCCUGUGGAACAAAAUAUUCUUGAUUGCAAGUCUUAUUUCCCUUUUCAUUGACCCGCUGUUUUUCUAUAUGCCAAUUGUUAAGGAGGAGAUGUGCAUGGUUUCAAGUCGUUCAUUUGAGAUAGUUCUUACAGUCAUCAGAUCUGUUGUGGAUGUAUUCUACGUUGUUCAGAUACUCGUUCGAUUUAGAACAGCUUAUGUUGCGCCAUCUUCUCGAGUAUUCGGGAGAGGAGAGCUAGUUAUUGAUUCAUCAAAGGUUGCAUCAAGGUAUCUGCGCAAAGAAUUCUGGCCUGACUUAUUGGCUGCCCUGCCCCUUCCACAGGUCUUGAUUUGGGCAUUGAUCCCAGGUCUUAGGGGUUCAAACAAGACGAGUACUAAAAAUUUGCUACGGUCAACUAUCGUUAUGCAGUUCCUCCUGAGGUUGUUUUUAAUAUUUCCGCUCUCAUCUCAAAUAAUUAAGACUGCUGGAGUUGUAGUUGGCGCUGCAUGGGCUGGUGCAGCCUAUAAUCUCCUGCUCUAUAUGCUGGCAAGUCACGUUCUUGGUUCCUGCUGGUAUCUUUUAGCGGUUGAGCGACAAGAGCAGUGCUGGAAAAAAGUCUGUGAUCAUCAACAACCACAAUGCGAGUACCGUUUCUUCGACUGUCAUAGAAUGUAUGAUUCAGACAGGAUGGAUUGGUUCAAAUCAAGCAAUAUCUCUCAACUAUGUUCUCCUGAUGGAGACUUUUUCCAGUUUGGGAUUUAUGCUGAUGCAUUGACCUUAAAAGUUGCAUCAUCCGAGUUUCUGAACAAGUUCUCCUACUGUCUCUGGUGGGGUUUAAGGGGCCUGAGCUCCGUUGGCCAGAAUCUCUUUACAAGUACAUAUCUUGGAGAAAUUGAUUUUGCAAUUGUCAUUGCUAUAGUAGGAUUGGUGCUUUUUGCUUUGCUAAUAGGAAAUAUGCAAACAUAUCUGCAAUCGCAUACCCUACGGCUAGAAGAGUGGAGGGUUAGGAGGACAGAUACAGAACAAUGGAUGCACCAUCGACAGUUACCCCAUGAAUUGAAGGAGAAAGUCCGCAAGUAUGAUUUGUACAAUUGGGUUACAACUAGGGGAGUCAAAGAAGAAGCUAUCCUCAAAGGCCUCCCUUUGGAUCUUAGACGAGACAUUAAACGCCAUUUAUGUCUUGAUCUUGUUCGCCGGGUCCCAAUCUUUGAUCAAAUGGAUGAAUGCACUCUAGAUGCAAUCUGCGAAAGGCUAAAACCAGUUCUAUGCACUCCUGGAAUAUGCCUAGUACGCGAGGGUGACCCUGUAAACGAAAUGCUUUUCAUCAUCAGAGGCCACUUAGAUUCCUACACCACAGGUGGAGGCCGCACUGGAUUCUUCAACUCCUGCCGCCUGACACCCAGCGAUUUCUGCGGUGAAGAGCUCCUCACUUGGGCUCUAGAUCCGCGUCCCAGUAUCAUUCUCCCAUCGUCCACGCGAACUGUGACAGCCAUCACAGAAGUUGAAGCAUUUGCACUUGUAUCUGAAGAUGUGAAGUUUGUAGCAUCCCAGUUUCGUAAACUUCAUAGUAAGCAACUCAGGCAUACUUUCAGGUUCCAUUCCCACCAGUGGAGGACUUGGGCUGCUUGCUUUAUUCAGGCAGCUUGGUUUCGAUAUAAAAGGCGAAAAGAAGCUGCUGUACUUAAGGCUAGGGAAAAGCUUGAUGAUCACGAGAAUGGUGAUGGUGAUGACACACUUUCUCCCCUGGAAACUUCUAAUGCUCAGAGGUGCCGUUCGUAUCCUCCGAGGGCUUCGAGGUUUGUCAGGUAUGCAACAACGUUAGCACCAAGAAGAAAUGGAAGCAGGAGAAAUGGUACUGAAUUGAACUUUGUUAGCACAUUACAGAAGCCUGUGGAACCUGAUUUUUCUGUGGAAGAUCGAUGA